AUGGAGAAUCAACGAGAAGGCAGCUCAAUAGUAUCAGACCAGGUAAAAGUUAACGGAAACCUAACUCCGUUGACUCUAACAAUAGAAGGAAAGCUUUGGUGGAUGACAGAGAAAGGUCAAAGGAGUUUGACCGUGGAAAAAGAGGUGCUUGGAUUCAUAAUUCAAGGAUCCAAAUUAAUAAUCAAAGCAGUUACGGAAAAACGAGACGGAAUCUGCUGUCUCGCGUCUGCAGGAGGAGCUCUGGCGAGGAAGAAUUUUGUUUUUGAACUGUUGAGUAAUGAAUCACUGCGUCUUUGGUGUCAGCAUCUUCGUGAUUACAUUAAUUCUUUAGGGAGGCCGAAGAGGUUGUUCAUAUUUGUUAAUCCAUUUGGAGGGAAGAAAUCGGCUUUGAAGGUUUUUUUUGAUGUUGUUAAACCUUUGCUUGAAGAUGCUGAUUUCCAUGCUAAGGAGGUUGUUAGCACCAUGGACCUCACGAAAUAUGAUGGUAUUGUUUGUGUCAGUGGAGAUGGUAUCCUUGUCGAGGUGGUAAAUGGACUUUUAGAAAGGGAGGAUUGGAAAGCUGCAAUAAAGAUGCCUCUUGGAAUGGUUCCUGCUGAUGUAUCUGAUGCAGGUACAGGAAAUGGCAUGGUAAAAUCCACUCUGGACUCUGUUGGUGAACCCUGUACAGCAUCUAAUGCUGUGGUUGCUAUUAUACGAGGCCAUAAGUGCUCACUGGAUGUGGCUACUAUCUUGCAAGGAGAGACCAAAUUCUUUAGUGUUUUGAUGUUUGCAUGGGGUUUGGUGGCAGAUAUUGACAUUGAAUCUGAAAAGUAUCGGUGGAUGGGGAGUGCUCGUCUUGAUUUCUACGCCCUUCAACGAAUGUUACAUCUGAGACUAUACAGUGGACGCAUUUCUUUUGUGCCUGCACCUGGCUUUGAAGCUUAUGGGGAGCCAACCAGUUACAAUGGCAACAAUGGUGAAUUUACCAGCACACAGAAUAUUGUCAAUCCCAGCCAAGCGCAGCCUGAUAAGGUUCAACAAUAUGGUUACCAGGGACCUGAUGUUGACUUAAGGAAUCUGGAGUGGAGGACUAUUGAUGGACCGUUUAUUUCAGUCUGGCUUCAUAAUGUCCCCUGGGGUGCUGAAGAUACAAUGGCAGCACCUGAUGCCAAGCUUUCUCUUCUGUUUGGGCCAGACACAACUGACAGUCUCAUGUGCCUGGUUGAUGUGCAGUUCUCAGAUGGUAAUUUGGACUUGAUCCUCAUGAAGGAUUGCCCAAAGUCAGGCUUGCUAUCGUUGAUGACCAGUUUGAGCAAUGGAGGCCAUGUCAAAUCACCACAUGUUAUUUAUCUGAAGGUGAAAGCAUUCAUUUUAGAGCCUGGUCAACAUACAAAGGACCCAACCAAGGGAGGGAUCAUAGAUGUAGAUGGUGAGGUCCUAGCCAGAGGAAAUGGAACAUACAAGCAUGAUCAAAAGACUCUAAUGAAGUACGAUAAGCUUCAAAUAACAAACAAAGAUCCUACUUGGAAGGUUUACUUGAGCUUUAAGCCCUUCUCAAGCUUAGUUAGUCAUAAGUGGCUCGCAGCAAGCAUGCUUGAUCUUGUUUACUUGGACAUUGGAAACUUUGCCUUUACACUCGGGACUGUCUAUCGGCAUAUAGGAAGGGGUACAAUUGGAACCCUAAACGAUCAUACGAAAGAACAAAAACACUCUCUCCCGAAGUUGAACUACGCUUCAGAUGCAUGGACGCUCGAUAAACCUGGAAGUCAGCUGGAAAAUGAGCAUGUUUGGACCACAAAGGCAAUUGAGGAUGAGGAAUAUCAACUUGUAAGUGACUCCGAUGGUACCUGCACUGGCAUGGUUGCUGGUAAGGUGUGGGGUCUUGAGAUUCUUGGGUUUUUACAUGUUUGUGAAGAGAGAAGGUAA